UUAACAACUGCACCCACUCAUUUUCUGUAUAAUUAAAAUCUUGAAGCAGUGCCAUGGUGAACAUGUUCAUUUCUGACGCAGAAGUAGCACCUCACCUUAAGAAAGUCCUUGUGUAAGAGCGCCGACACUGUUUCCCAGUUCAGAUCUGAGCAGUCAGUAGCCAUGAUUCUCACGUUGAUUCUGCUGAUGUUCUUCCCUGUCCUACACAGAUCCACUCCUCGAUGUUCGCCAACAGUGUUUUAUAGAAACUGCUGGUUGCGCCAUUUUCCUGGGUUACUUAUAGAUCUGCCACUUUCCAGAAGAAGGGGCGCCCGCUUGGUUAAUUACUACCACGCGAAGACUGCUCAACAGUGCAGCAGGUCCUGUUGCCUCCUCCGGAACGACACGUGUAACAUAGCCGUCUUCAGUUUUGCCCAACAUCAAGGCGGUUCCAACUGUUUUCACCUUAACUGCCCAAGUCAGGAAAGUUGUAUAAUGAGAAGAAGGAUUGAUUUUACACUAUUUAACAUAACAAGAGGAGAAGAUCCAGAUUUGCUUGUUUUUGGAGACCGUCGAAAUAAAACCAGGGACCCAGGUUUCCGAUUCUCUGCCAACAUGUCAAGAUUGAAUAAUUCUGGAUAUCUUGGACUGGAUAAACAACGUUCUUUCAACAGGUAUGCUUCGCUUUCGUCACAAGCAACUCUUUCCACUUACAACUGGUACCCAAAUGGGUCACUCCCAUCACGGACUCCAUUUCUUUCGGCAUCGAACCCGGCGUCAGUCACUGAUUCACUGGACACUGGGAGAGGAACAAACAAUAGCCGAAUCGAAUCGUCUGAGCUACCAGAAGCGCUAGUCUUAAUCAAAGAUGAGCUGCUCCCUAAUACUGCAUCGGAAAACACUUCCCAGCCCUCUCGUUUCCCAAACAGCGCAACCCAUGAAGAAUCAAGUUAUUUAAAAUCGACUCCUAACACCCACUCAUUAGGAAAGGCAAGUAGUACUAUAGGAAGCAAUGGCAAGAACCAGACGAUUGAUGUCACGACUACCAUGACACCUUGGCAAGUGGAUCUCGAAGUUUUACUGACUCCAUUAUUGUUAUCUUUAAUCGCGUUGAUCUUUGGGUGCGCUAUUGUGGGGGUAGCAACAAGGUGCAAGAAAAAGCGAGGAUGCUAUAGACCUCCCCAGCCCAGUGGUGCUGGUAAAAAUAAAAUUGAAAUUAGAAACAGGUUAUUUAAAUAGAUGAACUGACAAUAUUCAAAGAAUGCUCUAUUUUUUGACCUAGUGCUAAAAUUCCAUGUCCUGAAACUUGUCGAUAGAAAAUUUGGCAUUCAAGAUUAAACUCUAUAGGACCGAUUAGAAUCCCUGACCUUGCCAUCUGCCCAGUUAUACGCAAAAACUUCAGAAGCUGUUUCCAAUAAUUUUACCUUUCCCCUACGUAAAAUGUGUUGUUACACUUUGUCGAGACAAUCAGCAGAGUCAGCACUUUACAUGAACACAGAAUUCCUGCGAGAAAAGCCAUGCAAAAUACCUGUUCCAAAGGAAGCUUAAAGAAAACAUCACAUUUUCUGUUUUAGCGCAUGCAUGACAUAACCUUUAUUAGACAAUUCUAGGAAUAGCAGCCCAUCCAAAAUUACUCAUUUAUCAGUGCAUGUAUAUGAAGGCUUUCUCUGCAAGCAAUGAGUUUAUUUAUACAAUCUUUUCUAAUUCUUUUAAUGAAAUCAUUAACUAAUUACCCAAACAACAACAUUUCCAAUUAGUUUUGGUAACUGAAUUAGAUGCAAUGAUGCUUCUGUGUAUACACUGGUAAGAGAAAAAAAGCACUUCGUAAAAAGGAACCAUUUUGAAUUUUUAUCUAAAUUUAUAACACUGUAAUCCAAAGUGGAAGUGAAUUGUAAUCCUGAUUCCACUGUUAUUGGCCCUAAAAUAAUGGAAAGCAGUGGCAUCGGGAAAAUGUGCAUAUUCUGACACAAAAAUCUCAAAUAAUUUGGAAAUAUGAGGUACAUAUAUUUUCAGUGAAUAAUAAAAUGCAUAUGAUACAUUGCUUUAGAAUGUUUCAUAAUUUAUCCAUAGGAAAUAAAAAGGGUGAAAAGCUAAGAAAUUUAUUUUUGCUUUCUUUGUCUGAUAUGUUGGAACAGAUAUUAGCCUUAAUAAAUAUUCCUGUUGGGUUUCAGCCCAAACCAUUAACUAUUUAUUCCCCUUCCAUAGAAGGUGCUGACCUGCUGAACUCUUCCAGAAUUUUGUGUGUUGCUCCCAGUUUCUAGCAUCUACAGAAUCUUUUGUGUUAAUGAAUAUUAAGCUAUUUUUCAUUAUGACUUAGGUUGAAAUUUAAAUUGAGUAAGAUGUCAUUUACUGUAUGACACAAGAUGUACUGCACAAUUUCAUCAUGUAACCCACACACAUCUUCAAAGAAAAUAAAGUGCAAAAUAUUUACUAUAUCCUUGCCAUUAUUUAGACAUCAAAGGAAAAUAAUACGAUUGAUAACUGAUUAUCAGAUUUAUCUUAAAUGUCAUGUACACCAGUUUCAUGUUCAGUAUGAACAAAACCUGAUAUUACCUACAUUAAACUUGCCAAUUAUCCCAUUUUAAAGUGCUGCAGAAUAACAUUUUUGUCAAAAGUAUGAUAGCUUAAAUUAUGUAAAUGAAAAGUUAAAUGAUUUUUUCAAGGAAAUUGUGUCAACCAACAAGCAUUUUAAUCUUAUACUAAAUCUAUUUUCUUUCCUUGCCACAUUCCCAUCAACUCCUCCCCUCCUCCCAGAUUCCACCGUUCAACAACACAAUAGGGGUAACUUAUCGUAACUAAUUAAAGUGCCAGCUCAUGUCUUUUGGGAUAUGGGGCAAAACCAAAACACCCAGAAGAAACACACAAGAUCAUGAGAAUGUGCAAAUCUUACACACACACACACGAGUUUAGGUCAUGAUUGAGGGUUGCAACACUUGGUCUUUAACUUUAUUCCUUUCCAUCAUCCAGGAAUCCAAUGGAAUAGCACCUAAUAUUCCAGCAAAGUUGUCCAGAACCUGACAGCAUGAACAUUGAAAUCUCCAUUUUCAAGUAACUUGUUCCUCCCGUCCCUUGUCUUGUUCGUACUACACACAUAUCUCCCAUAUCCACCACACCCUCCCAGCAUCCUUCUUCAUUCCUCCUUUACUUUUCCCAUCUGAUCUCUCUACCUCAUUACUUUGUUCCAUGCUCUAACUUUCUUUCCUCUCAGAUUCCAUCAUCUGCAGCCCUUUGUUACCUCCACCUGUCACCUCCCAGCCUCCAUCACUACUUCCUCUCUUCCCUGCCUCAUCUAUCACCCCACCUCACCUGGAUUUAAUUAUCCCUUUUGCUCCACCUCUUCUCAUCUUUUUAUUCUGGCUAUCUACCCUCUUUCAGUCCAGGUGGAAGGUCUCCACCCAAAACCUUGACUCUUCGCAUUUCCUUCCACAGAUACUGCCUGACUGCUGACUUCCUCCAGCUUUUAGUUUUUAUUUUUGCUUCAGAUUCCAACUUCUGCAAUCUCAGUUGUCUCCUGUGUACCUAACCAGUCCUUUCAGUUGAAGCAGAGAUUUCCUUCUACUCCUUCCAAUUUAUUGUCACAACCACAGAUUCGGCAGUGCAGCAGAUAUGGCAAUUGCGCUCGUGAAUAUGCACGUGUCAGCUAAUUACUAUUUUAUUGUGAUAGUAUUUAACUCCAUUCAUUCUGUCAUAGUAUUUGUCGAGACUUGGACACAGCACAGUAACAAUUCACUGCCUGUUUGCCUUCGGCCUUGCCUGAGAAAUUGGACUGACUCUGAAGAUUAAUGGCAUUUGUUUUAUUCUUAGUUGUUCUUUUCAGCUGCAUUGUAGGCUUCGUUUUUCAUUCGAGAGCCUAGUUAAUGGCAUUGUUUGGCCUAGUGUUUAUUGUUUUCUUUUACCUUUAACAUUGUUUGCAUUAAAGUCAGUGAAAUGUCGACCCACUUCAGUUUCUCUCACUUCGCACUUGUGCCAUAUCCGAACCUGGUAACAUUUAUUCAUUGCGCUCUUCUACAGUAGAGAUUCUUAUUGGAGAUUGAGUGAUUACUUUGCCGACUAUAACAUCAGUGCUGAGCUUCUGGUUGCCUGGCACUUAAAGUUUGUAACCCAAUCCUAUCUUUCUGUGGCUUCAGCACUUUUCCCAUUAAGCUUAAUGUAAAUUUAAGGAACAUAAUUUCUUCUUUCGUCUACGCACUUUGCAACCUCUUUUGUUAGCUGUAAUGUUAUUUACAAAGAAUUUUAAAUCACUUCUUCCAUCUGCAGGUGCUGCAUGAUUUGCAGGAAAUUUCCAGCAUUCCCAUUUUGAAUUCAGAACUCAGCAACAGCACGUGACGGUGUUUACAAGUCCUUUUAUUCUUUUUUCUUCUCUUUCUAACUGCCAUCAUUAACUAAUCAACUAGAUGGCUCUCUCAUUUCUGAAGUUACCUGAGCAGCCCUGCUCCCUCUUGGUUCAGAGUUAUUCCGUGUAUCCUACACAUAGCUCCCCAU